GAUGGUGAGUACAAAAAGAGUCAUUUUGCCUUUGACAUCAAUUUAUCGUGCAGCGGUCUUUGGGAGGACUACGAGAGGUACACAUUUGUUGCAAAUUGAUCACUCACUGCGAUGCCGAUUGAGGACAGAUCUUUGGAUUGCUUGACAGAGGAGACUCCCCCUCCUCCGAAGCCUCCGACGGAUCCAACUCAAAGGCGACGAUGGAAAACGCACACCCAAAAGUUUAAGUUAUUGAAGGUCCCCUCCGGCGAUCACUAUAUAUAUGUCGACGACGAUAAAGUGCUUUCAGGUGUGGACGUUCCCGAUGACAAAGCUUAUUUCAAAGUCCAUGACAUCCUUGAUUAUGAUCCAAUGAAGGAUGUCGCCUUUCAUGUUAUCAUCUUGGAGCACGCAAGCACUGGGAAAAUUAUGGCGAUAGAUAAAGAACAAAACACUGUGGUUAUGAAGGAGAUUGACCCGCCUCCAAGUCAGUUCAUUAACUUGCUAGAUGUCAACAAGGCUCACCCAGAGGUUCUGUUUUACAAGAUGCCUCGGUUUGAACGAGCCCCGGAGUUUUUUCUGAAGUCAUACCUGAGUGACAAACCACGGGUACUAAAAUUUGAGGAGAAUGGUCAACCCAAGCUUCAUGUGCAGGAGAGAACAGAUUUCUAUUUCAAACUGACAGAGUCGUUAGAAGCUGCUAAAAAGUAAAACAUAUAGAUGGCAGGGGAGCUCUUACACGAUAAUGUAAUUCAGUAGAAAUGUCUAGAGAGACUUGAUACAAUAUCUAAACUAAGCUCAACUUGAAGAAACUUCUUCUUCUUUUUUUACUCUAUCAAUUACCACGAUAUUACCUUAAUUAAAAAAAAAAAGCGGUUGAAGCCCUGUAAAAA